UUUUUUUGUUUUUUUUUUGUUUCCUUUAGUUACACUAUUAUCAUGACAACAACUGUGGCAACAGCUUGUUCUCUUAUAGGUUAUAAAAUUGUUAAUAAGUAUAAAGUAGGAACAAAAUUAGGUUCGGGUUCUUUUGGAGAGAUACAUAGAGGACUGGAAGAAAAGUCAGGAGAAGAAGUAGCCAUUAAAUUUGAAAAGGUUUCCGCAAAGCAUCCUCAACUUGAAUAUGAAUAUAAUGUUUAUAAGGCAAUUUCUGGUGGUAUUGGUAUACCCAGAGUUAGACAUUUUUCGACAGAAUACAAUUAUAACAGUAUGGUUAUGGAUAGACUAGGCCCGUCACUUGAAGAUUUGUUUAAUAAAUGUAAGAGAAAAUUUUCGCUGAAAACAGUAUUAAUGCUAGCAGAUCAAAUGCUUUCUAGAAUUGAAUAUCUUCAUUCAAAGAAGUUUAUACAUCGUGAUAUAAAACCAGAUAAUUUUCUUAUUGGCUUAGAUGGCUGUAGUCAUGUUAUAAAUCUUAUUGAUUUUGGACUCGCUAAACGAUAUAAAGAUCCAAAAACAAAUCUGCAUAUACCUUGGAGAGAAGGCAAAAACUUGACAGGUACAGCAAGAUAUGCCAGUAUUUAUACACACUUGGGGAAAGAACAAUCCCGUAGAGAUGAUCUAGAAUCGCUUGGAUACAUAUUAAUUUAUUUUUAUAAAGGGAUAUUACCAUGGCAAGGAUUAAAAGCAAAAACAAAGAAGCAAAAAUAUGAAAUGAUAAGUGAACGAAAAGUGACUACAUCACUUGAUAAAUUAUGUAAAGAUAUGCCAUUUGAAUUUAUGAAUUAUAUUGACUAUACAAGGAAACUAGAAUUCGAAGGUCAACCAGAUUAUAAUUUUUUACGUAAUCUUUUCAAAAAGGUCUUUAUACGUGAAGGAAUAGAUAAUGGUAAUCAUGGAAACGAAAAUAAGAAAUUUGUUUUUAUAAAUCAUCGCAAGUCAAUAAUAAUGAAUAGACAACAACAACAAUAGUAGCAGCACCAGCACCAGCACCAGCAACAGCAAAAUUUUAUUUUGUAAUAAUAUUACCACAUAAUAAUAAUGUAUGAUUUAAAUCUC